UCAUUACAUUUAUAAUAUAAUAAAGUAACAAUCAGAGGACAAGAGAGAAGAGUAACGUUACAAUUUUUUGGUUUUGUAUCCGCCGAUCUGUUUUCAAAAAUAUUCAAAAUCACAGAGGCUCCUCCUUCUCCUUCCCCUUCCUCUUUCACCCAAAAAAAAAAUCCCUCAAUUAGGAAAAAAAAAAAGCAAGCAAGAACCCUAAUCUCUCCCCGUGUCUGAUUCACAAGAAAACAAGAUCUGACUUCUCCUGUAUCAUUCUCAAAUCUGCGCCUUCCUCUCGAUCCAUAAGGUGAAGCAAUCUAUCGGAAAGGUUUUUGUUAAAUUGAUCCUCGACUAUGCCGCUUCGUAACCAGAAUCGCGCUCCUUUGCCUAGUCCUAACGUCAAAAAGGAAGCUUUGGCAAGUGUUCCUUUUGAAAGGCGAAAGAGAGUGGAAACGCAAGGUACUGGAAGAAGACAAGUUCUUUCGACGGUGAACAGACAAGAUGUUACGGCGAACAGCGAUGUGGGCAGCACAGAUGACUGUGGUAAAGUUGAAUUUACUAAAGAUGAAGUCUUGGCUUUGCUUACCGAGAGAGCUAAAGCUGGCAAAUUUGAUACCAAGGCUAAGAUUGAGCAAAUGACGGAUAUUAUCAAGAAGCUUAAGGUUUGUGUUAGAUGGUUCCAACAAGUGGAAGAAACACAUGUCCAGGAGAAGGAAAAUCUUACUUCUUCUCUUGAAUCUGCUAAGAAAAGAUUCAGUGAUCAAGAGUUGGAUGCAAAGACCAAAGAGGAUAGGCUACAAGCGACUAUAGCUGAGAUGAAGGAGAACAUAGUAUCACUACAGGAGAAGUUCUCCAAGGAGGAGUUAAACAAGUUGGAUGCAAUUGAAAAUCAUAGAAGAGAAAAAGAAUGUAGAGUUGCAGCUGAGAAGCUUCAGGAUUCUCUCCGAGAAGAGCUUGACAAAGAGAAAGAAGACAAAAUGGCUGCCAAGAAUAAGGUGACGUCCCUUGAAGAUAUGUACAAAAGGCUGCAAGAGUACAACACAAGUUUGCAACAAUAUAACACUAAACUCCAGACUGAUCUUCAAGCAGUUCGAGAGGCACACACUCGUGCUGAAAAGGAAAAGUCAAGUAUACUAGAGAACCUUACUACACUUAGGGGUCACAGUAAAUCACUACAGGAACAACUAGCGUUGAGCCGGGUUUCACAAGAUGAAGCGGUAAAACAAAAGGAUUCAUUGCUGACGGAAGUCAAGAACCUUCGGAGCGAGCUCCAACAAGUUCGUGAUGAUCGUGAUCGCCAGGUUGUACAGUCGAAAAAUCUGGCUGAUGAGAUACUGAUGUAUAAGGAGAGUGUUGGAAAAUCUUCUCAUGAGUUGGACAUUUUAAUAGCUAAAUCAGGAUCCUUGGAGGAAACAUGUUCGUUGCAAAAAGAGCGUAUCAAAAUGUUGGAGCAAGAAUUAACUUUUGCUAAGGAAAAGCUAAAGAUGGUAGAUGCAUCUAUGUCUCAUACUAUAACAGAAUUUGAAGAGCAGAAACAGCGUAUGCACGAAUUGCAAGAUCGCCUUGCAGACACGGAGCAUCAACUUUGUGAAGGAGAAUUGUUACGAAAGAAGCUCCAUAACACCAUCCUUGAACUCAAAGGAAACAUACGUGUGUUCUGCCGAGUGCGCCCCUUGCUACCAGAUGAUGGACGCCAAGAGGCCAGUGUAAUUGCCUAUCAUACGUCAACGGAAUCUCUUGGGAGAGGCAUUGAUGUGGUCCAAACUGGUAACAAGCAUCCUUUCACCUUCGACAAGGUCUUCGACCACGGGGCUUCUCAGGAGGAAGUAUUCUUUGAAAUAUCUCAACUUGUACAGAGCGCAUUAGAUGGCUACAAGGUGUGUAUUUUUGCAUACGGUCAGACAGGUUCUGGCAAAACCUACACCAUGAUGGGCAGGCCAGACAAGCCAGAACAGAAGGGACUGAUCCCUAGAUCACUUGAACAAAUUUUCAAAACUAGCCAGUCUCUUAGUACCCAAGGGUGGAAAUACAAGAUGCAGGUCUCAAUGUUGGAGAUCUACAAUGAGUCCAUCAGAGACUUGCUUAUGACAAACCGAACAAUUGCUAUAGAGUCUGCACGAGGAGACAGUAGUAGCACCUCUGGAAGACAGUAUACAAUCACACAUGAUGCUAAUGGAAACACUCAUGUUAGUGAGCUGACAAUAGUAGAUGUAUGUAGCAUCGGACAAAUUUCCUCACUAUUGCAGCAGGCCGCUCAGAGCAGGUCCGUUGGUAAGACUCAAAUGAACGAGCAGUCAUCAAGGAGUCAUUUCGUGUUUACUCUUCGGAUUUCUGGUGUGAAUGAGAGCACUGAACAGCAGGUACAAGGAGUUCUUAACCUAAUUGAUCUUGCUGGUAGUGAGCGACUCUCAAAGAGCGGGGCAACCGGAGAGCGGUUAAAGGAGACACAGGCUAUAAACAAAAGCUUGUCUGCUUUGAGUGAUGUUAUAUUUGCAUUGGCUAAGAAAGAGGAUCAUGUUCCUUUCAGAAACUCCAAGUUAACCUAUUUGCUCCAGCCGUGUUUAGGAGGAGACUCAAAAACCUUAAUGUUUGUGAAUAUAUCACCUGAUCCAUCUUCUACUGGAGAGUCCCUUUGCUCUCUUCGGUUUGCUGCUAGAGUGAAUGCUUGUGAGAUUGGAAUACCUCGUAGACAAACUUCUGCAAAACUCCUCGACUCUCGCCUGAGCUACGGUUAAAUCUAGCGGUUGGAGUUUCUAUCUCGUAUGUAUAACAACGGCAAUUGUUUUAGAGGUUUGUAAUUUCUGAUUGUGGUUUUGACUUAGAUUUUUUCUGUACCAAGCUCAUAAGAAUCGGGAACUUUAGUGUGCACUAAAUUUGAUUGUGUAAGCUACUUGCUAUCUUGGCAAUGUCGUGUGAGGAAAUUUCAACUAUUGUGUUAUGUAAUUGUCUUAUAAGACAUAACUAAAUAAGUUCUUGCUCUG